AUGGGUAAGAAAGCGAUUCACUUUGGUGGCGGCAACAUUGGCCGUGGCUUCGUCGGUGAAUUCCUCCACGAGUCUGGCUAUGAAGUUGUCUUCGUCGAUGUGAUGGACUCGGUCAUCGAGGCCCUUCAAAACGCCUCUUCCUACAAGGUCACCGAGGUCAGCAAUGAGGGAGAGCAAACCAAGACCAUUACCAACUACCGUGCUAUCAAUUCCAAGCAUAACCUCGACCAGGUCAUCAGUGAGAUCUCCACCGCCGAUGUCGUUACCUGUGCCGUCGGCCCCAAUAUCCUCAAGUUCAUUGCCCCACCAAUCGCGAAAGGCAUCAAUGCUCGUACCAUUGAGAAGCCACUGGCCGUGGUUGCCUGCGAGAAUGCCAUUGGCGCCACCGAUACCCUCCACGGCUUCAUCAAGGAAAACACUGAUGCCUCUCGUGUCGAAUCCCUUCCCUCCAGAGCUCGAUUCGCCAAUUCUGCCAUCGACCGUAUCGUCCCUACCCAAGCCCCUAACUCUGGCCUCGACGUGAAGAUUGAAAAGUUCUAUGAAUGGGUGGUGGACAAGACACCGUUUGGCGAAUGGGGUCACCCUGAGAUCAAGGCUAUUCAUUGGGUUGACAACUUGGAUCCAUACAUUGAGCGCAAGCUUUACACUGUCAACACCGGACAUGCUACCGCUGCAUACUACGGCUACAACAUGGGAAAGAAGACCAUCUACGAAGCUAUGAGCGACGAGAAGAUUCGUGGCUACGUCAAUGAUGCUCUUUCAGAGACCUCGGCUCUUAUUGUCGACAAGCACGGCAUUGCAGCUGAGGAGCAGCGCAAGUACGUUGACGCCAUCAUCACCCGCAUUUCCAACCCCCAUCUCGAGGAUGUUGUCCAACGUGUCGGUCGCGCGCCACUUCGUAAGCUUGGACGCAAGGAGCGCUUCAUCGGGCCCGCUUCUCAAUUGGCAGAGCGUGGAAAGAAGGUCGAUGCCCUUUUGGGUGCUUUGGAACAAGCCCUUCGAUUCCAGAACGUCCCAGACGACGACGAGAGCUUCGAACUCGCCAAGAUCUUAAAGGCUGAAUCAGCGGAAGCUGCCACCACAAAAUUGACCGGCUUGGAGAAGGAUCAUCCGCUCUUUGCGCGUGUGGUCGAGCGUGUCUCAAAGCAUCUCCAACAUUCGACAUCUGGGGAACGGUGUUACGGAAAGGAUAUGAUAUUACUGGAGCGUCAUCAUGCGAUUUGCAAGAAAACGGCAAAAAAGGGACAAAAUGACGACAUGAAAUCACAAAGCGAUAUGACUCGUUUGCGAGUAUUCCGCGUACAUACGCAACUACUAGCUGUUGAUCCACUCGAAGAUAAUGAAUACGACGAUGAGAAGCAUCUCGCAUCUAUCACGGCGUUAACCGGACCGCCGCACUCCAUUACCGAGGAAAAGGACACCGCUGUUCUAUGGUCAUUGGUGACAGGGCGUAUUGAACAGGGGGGUUUGUGUGGCGGUGCACUUGAGCGUUGGCUUCCAGAAGGAAUCACUCAACGACUGGCCGCAACGGGCUGGUCGGCUCGGAAAAGGCACGAACUUGGGGGCUCCGGGUGCUGGGGACAAGAUGCUGUUCGUGUGCCAUAUGCCCUGAUUCGGCCUUGUAUCGCGAGCAUCCCGCUGCAUUGGUCUCCCUCCCCUGGCAAGCCGGAACUACUUGAACGAUCAUCCUUCCAGCAAUCCAGGAACAAGGCUCUUCCAUAUUUCAUCGUCAUUGGCUCUGGUAUCCCUCUCGUUGUCAGUGGGAAAGAUCCGGUGCUUGCGCCUGUGUUGGUGAUAUCAAGUACGGGCUUCAAUGAGUCGGAGACGGCUUCCAUCCAUUCAAACGCCCCUUCGUAUGUCUCUGCGGCCCCUUCCUACCAUUCUUCUGCGCCGCCACAUCACGUAAGAGCAAGUGAUAUUGCAGCUGGUCGGGGGAACGAUUGGCACGGGCGAAACAACUCGUUACCACAGUCCUCGACUUUGAACCUUUCCCAGCAAUCUGGUCUACCUUCAGCUCAAAGGUAUGCCCCCGGUUUUGAAACUCGAGGUGGGGAUCUAUCGAACGCGAAUAUUCGAUCCUUGUAUAAUAUUGCGGAGUGGGUUCCUGUCACGGGGGGUCUGCAGGCUCGCCAUUAUCACAAUGUUGCCAAAAGACGGGUGACGGAUACUUCGAGGUUUUUUCCAUCUUUAUUCUCAGGCCAGGCGAGUGGAUCUCGAUAUGACAAUGCUGGCAUGCCUGAGGCGUUUCAGCGCCGCUUCACUGCCCCAAGUUUGAGUACUGGCGGUAUUAGUCAGGCUGGAGAAAGCCAUAAUUUAUCCUCUUCUAGCCUGGUCAACAGUUCUAUUCAGGAUCCUGCUGUUAGAGCGGACUCCCCUCACACUGCCGCCGGAAGCAGUUCUUCGCUGGUGAACUCUUUGCACAAUUCUGCUGGGGACCUUCCAUUUUCUCCCCUUGAAGACCCCGACUUGGUCGGAGAGGCAGCUGCAGCAAGAUUCCGCUCGCAGCGCAUUUACAGAGUCCUUCAACAGGAAGAGAACUUUUACCAACAAUCCCAAUCCUCUAGCUCUAAUCUCGCGCAGGACCCCAGGCCAUCCGCCCACGUAUACCAGUACAGUUCAUUGAUUAGUGAAGCCGAUAACCCACGCCUGCCGCAACGGCCAUCCACUGCACCUGGGCUAUCCUCUGAGCAGUCCCCAGAGGAGGCCGGCCCGUCAGACCAGCGCAUAACGGCUACCAGUCGUCAGCGCUCCAACACCACAGCCGACUACGACGAGAUUCUCCGCGCCCAGGAAUCUAAGACCUGGGACUCUAUGCUUGCACAAAUGGCAGACUGGGAAGAGCGCCAGCGUAGCUGGAAGCGUUUCAAAGAGGACGUUGACAGGAGAUUGAAUUCGAGCCGAAAAGUCGGCAUGGGGUGGCCCGUCUGGUCCUCUGGUAAUGGGAAAAGGAAGCUGAAGAAGGAGCAGUUUGGUAGCCAUCCGGGACUAAAGAAAUGGAAGAGCAAAGUCGGCUUAGCGAACUGA